CCGUUCCGUACAGAUAUCAAUAUUAUACCGCGCGUUGCGUUCGCCCGCGGUUUUUUGUUUUGUUCCAACCACCUCACGACAAAAUCAUAAUUGUAAUAGAAGAACGCAACAAGGAGUGAAUCAAAAGUUGUUAAUUAAAGCAAGGAGAGUGUGAUGUGAGAGGCAGUUCUACCGCCCCCAACGAUCCCCGUUCAGUUCGAUUUUUUCUUGAUGCACAGUGGGAGGAUGAAUUGCACGUACUCGUAUCAAGUGCAGGCAACGUCGCCGACCGCCGCCACCGGCGCCGAAUUUUUGGAGGAACACCCGAGUCUCCGUGGAACGCCUCUAGCGAUGUUGGCGGCUCAAUGCAACAAAUUAUCGAGUAAGAGUCCACCACCUCUUGCCGAUGCAGCUGUGGGUAAAGGUUUCCACCCAUGGAAGAAGAGUCCACAGGGUGCACCAUCCCCAGGGUCGACUGGUGUUUCGACAUCCAGUAGCUCACUAACACAACGCUCUUCUGCAGCGAACUCCACCUACUCCAGCAGACCGGUGAUGACGAGCUGCUCAAGCGUUCCAACCACAGCAUCAUACGGAAGCGACCUAUACUUCCCGGGGGCCACGACCCAACCGGCCGUAGCGGACAACAGCCACGUGCACCACCACCAGUCUUCCUUGCUGGGUAAGGUGGAAGGCGCUGCGACAGCUCACCACGCCGCUCUGGGAACAGUAUACUCGAGACAUCCGUACGAAUCCUGGCCAUUCAACACGAUGUCUACAGCCACCCAUCACGGCGCCAUCAAGAGCGACUCUGUGACAUCCGCAAACGCCUGGUGGGACGUUCAUUCGGCGACGGCGGGAAGCUGGCUCGACAUGAGCGGAGCGGCGGGAAUGCACGCUCAGAUGGCCGCGGCCAACUACACCUCAGACUACUCAACGCUCACGCACUCUCUGGCCGCCUCCAAUCAUCUCCUCUCAUCCGGACAGCACCUGCUCCAGGACACCUACAAAUCUAUGCUACCCGGAGCCCAAUCCUCCUUCGGUUUACACGCAACAUCUUCAGCACCGUCACCGACCUCCGGCAGCAGCAGUCUCCCACCGCAGGUGCCAUCACCGAGAUCGCAGCGCCGCUACACUGGAAGAGCAACGUGCGAUUGCCCUAAUUGCCAGGAGGCCGAACGUUUAGGUCCCGCAGGCGUCCACCUGAGGAAGAAGAACAUUCACAGCUGUCACAUCCCCGGGUGCGGCAAGGUGUACGGAAAGACGUCGCAUCUGAAGGCCCAUCUCAGAUGGCACACCGGAGAGAGACCGUUCGUCUGCAACUGGUUGUUCUGCGGAAAGAGGUUCACCAGGUCCGAUGAGCUGCAGCGUCAUCUCCGAACGCACACCGGUGAAAAACGCUUCGCCUGUCCCAUCUGCAACAAGCGUUUCAUGCGCUCAGAUCACCUAGCGAAGCACGUGAAGACGCACAACGGUAACGGUAAGAAGGGCAGCUCAGAAUCCUGCAGCGAUUCCGAGGAGAACUCCCAGAGCGACAUGACAAACGUCAAUUCCCCCGGCUCGAUGAACCACACCCCUCCGCCGGUCGCACCCAUGGGUAGCCUGGAUUUAGUUUCCGGGAUGGAAUCGAAACCACCAGGUCUCGUUUGAAACCGGUGGGGCCCUACGCUGCUCUAUCCUAGCUAUCGCUAGCGGCCUAAGGCCCCAAACGAUGCUGCAUUCACACUGCAUACUAAGCAGUAAAAUCGCACAUCAAUACAAAGAAGAAGAAAAACAAAAAAAAAGAAACGCAAGGAAUUUAAAACAUCCCUUAUUAUUUUUGUAUUAUAUUCGCCUGUACAUACUACG